AUGAAAUUCUCUGCCGUUGCUUUUGCUGCCUUGAGCGGCUCCGCUAUCGCUGCUGCUCCCGACGGAUACACCGUCACCGACCUCGACUGGGUUUUCAAGACUCCCAGUGGCGAAUCUAUUACACUCUAUGGCACUCUUGAAGAGGUUACCGAGGAGUUCCAGUCUCUGUACCCCAGAAUCAAGCUCAAGCGCCGCAACGCAAACAGCGACAAGCACGAACUGAUCACGCGCCAGUGGGAGGGUGCUUCUUACGAAUGCAUCGACUCCAAGCAUCCGGUUCACGGAUGGGAGCCCGCUGACUACGGUAGGAUCCAAGAAGGGUGGAACUACCUUUGGGAUCUCGAGGGCCAGCCCGGUCACGGCCCUGGUCCUGCUGCUUGCGCACGCGUCAGCUGUUCUCACAACUCGGGCAUCUACUGGUGUAACGAUAAUGACCACGCGGUUACUCUCAACUCAUGGGGCGACUUGGCCCGUGGUGCGGCUGAGCUCUGCAACCUCUGCUCGUCUGCCGGCAUUCGCAACAAGUGCGGUGGUCAGUUGUUCCACCUUGACGGGUACAAUGUUUUCAUCACCAACGAUAGCUGCUAG